CUGGUGAGUUUUUAGUUCCUUUUGAUUACUCGAAGAACAAACAAUAAGACUUUAAAAUGUUCAGCCUUAUCUGUAUCUUAUCCCUUAUUGCGGCUGCUUCAGCAGGCAUUGUACAUCCAGCCCCAUUAAUAGCACCUGGAGUUCCUGCACCAAUAGUUACUGCACGAAGUAGCCAAGUAAUUGCAAGGAAUUACAAUACAUUUGCGGCAGCUCCUUUGGCUUACACUGCGCCAGCUGCUCUUGCUGCACCAGCUGCUCUUGCUGCACCAGCUGCUAUUGCUGCUCCAGCGGCUAUUGCUGCACCAGCUGCUUUUGCUGCUCCAGCAACCCAUCCAUUUGCAUACUCUGUACCAGCUCAUCCAUUUGCGUACUCUCUACCAGCUCAUCCACUUGCAUACACUGCACCAGCAGUCGCAUCUGGACCAUUAGUUUUUAAAAAGAAUGAUCAUUCAAGUUUCAACUGCAGUCCAGUGAAGACGACAAUAAUACAUAAAACUAAUCAAUAUACUUCAAUUAUGAUCGGAAAGAUAAGUUUGACCUUUAACUGUGCCAUUUUAUUGGCUUGCGCCUGUCAAAUCAGUAUGGCAGGAGUGAUCGCUCCGGUUGUUGCAGCACCAUUAGCAGCAGCACCACUGCCAGCAGCAGCCCCUUUGGUUGGAUAUGCUCAUGCAGUUCCUCACAAUAUUCCACCUCAUGCAUCAAGAGUUGAUAUCAGUACAAGAGCAUUAGCCGCGCCUUACGUUGUUGCUCCUGCUGUUUCGGCACCAAUAAUUUCAGCACCAACAGCUCCAGUAGUUGCGGCACAUCCUGGUUUCUUCGGUGCUCCAUUUGCAGCCUACAGAUCCGCGGCUAUUUUUGGUUAAAAUGUUUUACAACGUGAAUUU